GUCCCGCGAUUCGCAAAAACAUCUGGCAUCAGCUUCAGUUUCAUGAAAUGAGAAAAUACACAGCACGAAACAAAUAGAACAUUUACUUUUUUUUAUACAACGCUUGCUUCAUUUAGCUGCGAAUACAAAUCGAAGAGACACGAGUCGAAAAUGUUACCAUCGACAGGCCUCUUCAAGAGCUUUGCCUGCCCGUACUAUAACAGCGCUGGCAGCGCCAGCAAAGACAAUAGCGCCGCCACCUGCAAGCGUCCCUUCUGCCAUUUUAAGCAUUUACGCAAGGAGGAUGUUGAGGCAGCGGAACAAGCGGUGCCGGAGUACAAACCAGCGCCGGUGCCCAAGUUGCUCUCGCUGCCGCUGCCCGAGCUGACGCUGACUGCGGCGCCCAUCAGGCAAAAGAAGAAAUCAAAUCUGGAGUAUCAUCCAGAGAAGCCAGCCCUGAAUGCCUCGCCGGCCAAAAAGGGUCUUGGCGAUGCGAGCGGUGUACCCAAAUAUGUGCCCUCACAGUUGGUCGGCACAAAUGGCACAGCCGGCGACACCUGGCAAGGUCAACACACAGAAGAGGAUGAUGUAGACGAAGAGGAGGAACAGUUGCUGGUGGAGGUGCAGGAAAAGCCAGAAUUGCCCGAGACAAAUCUGGAGGAGCAGAAGCUGUUACCCACGGAAGAAAUUCCAAAAAGUGAUGGGGAAAAGAAAUCAAUUUCUGUUUCCCGAAAAUCAGAGCACAGAUCGAGCAGGGAGCGUGAUAAGCAUAGAGAGCACAAGAGCUCAACGCAUAAGGAUAGCGAACGUUCGGAGCGUCGCAGUUCCACCAACAAGCACAAAUCCUCAAAAUCGUCUUCAUCAUCUUCAUCGCAUAGAAAAUCAUCGAGCAGCGAUAAGCAUCGUAGCGAAAGGAGUUCCAGCAGCAAGGACAAGGGCAGCACAUCUGCAUCCACAUCAUCAUCGUCCAGAAGUCGCCAGCAUAGUAGUAGUAGCAGUUCCAAGUCCACAUCGCGCAGUUCGUGCAGCUCCAAAUCAAAGAGUUCCUCCUCCGCAAGCUCCAGUUCCACCCGUAGCAAAACCAAAACCGAAACAGAGAAACCAACUGCCUCCAGUCAGCAGUCCAGCGAGGACAUCGAGAUGGACUUUGACAUAGAUGUGAGCACAUCCGAUGCGGAAAUUGUGCGUCAGUGUGAAAUGAUAUACGAUGAGCUGGAACAGGAAUUUGCCCAGCUGCACAAGCCGGUGGAAGCAGCAGCGACAGAGUUUGCGCUGAAGCGUAAAGCACCCUCGCCGGACAUCGACACAUACACCGAGGCGGCGACAGCAGCGCUUCAGAAGCGUCGCGUCGCCCACGAGAAUGCGGACAAAUGCAAGACCAUGACACCGGUGACAGUCCACAAACCCAAUCACAUUCGGAACGCGAUGCAGCGCAUCUUCGAUAGACGUGCUGAGCUGCGACGUCAAGAGAAAAUACGCGCCGAUGCAGAUGCCGAGCAGCUGCGCCUCGCCCAGGAGCGUGUACGUGUCGCACAAGAGGAGCUGCGGGAGGCGAGAGCCAAGACACUCACCCCACUCAUAUCACGAGCGGCUCUAACGCCACCAACACGCACAGCUCGCACGAUUGCGCCCGUGGCCAAUGUCAUAGCGAUUGCACGGGCCAAGAAGAAGAUCGAGGAGCUGCAGCUGGAAAAGAAGCCAGCGUUUACCACAGCGCAAUCGUUUAAGGGUGGCAAUCGUGUAGCGCAUACUCCCACAGCUGCACUGGAUAAAGUGGCACCGGCAACGGCAGCUGCAGCCGCCAAGCCACCGGUGCUGGAGCCGCAAAGCUCAAAGAUAUCGUAUAAUAUACGUAUGCAGUAUUACGAGAUGAUGGUGAAGCAGUGCACCGUCAUCUAUCCACAGCUAAAUGAUGCCUGGGAACGGGCGCAAGUGGAGGAGUUGGCAGUCUUCAAGAAGUGCAGCACGCCGUCCAUCUACAAGAACAGCUGCAUGCUGGCCAUCAACAAGCUGCGCAAGGAGGCCAUCGAGGCGGGCAAUCAGCCCAGCUCCGCCAACAAGACAAUCUCGCACGAGAUGAUGCUCGGCGGCAAGCGGGCCCUUACCACAUCUUGGAGCGUGGAGAAGAAGGACAAAUUGAGCUCCACGGCAGAGCCCUUCGAUUCGUUGUGCGCGGAGAAGGCGUACGAAAUGGUCUACGAUCUGCAUUUGACUGAUGAGCAACUGGUGGAGAAUGGCUAUCCGCGACCGGGUCCUGGGCGUGGCACAGCUGUCAUACGCGCCUGCCGCCCCAAUCGACGACCCAAUGAGACGGAACGCUAUUGCACACGCUGUGGCAAGGUGUUCAAUUUGAGUAUCUACGAUACGAAGUGCGUUGAUAUGUGCAACUAUCAUGCAAAGAGCACUGGCUAUCGACGUGGAUUUACGGACAAUCAGCACCGCUGCUGUCAACAGCCGGCGGGCACACCGGGCUGCAGCUAUGCCAACUAUCAUGUGAGCGACUACUACGAUCCGGAUAAGUUGACAUGUUUCAUUAAGACAAUUGAGCGCUCGGACGACUAUGUGUCCACCAAGAAGGACAUCUAUGCACUCGACUGUGAAAUGUGCUACACUACGCAUGGAAUCGAACUCACCCGCGUCACGGUUGUGGACAUCAAUGGACGCAGCGUCUACGAUGCCCUUGUCAAGCCAGACAAUCAAAUUGUGGACUAUAACACCGUCUAUUCGGGCAUAACGGAGGCAAUGUUGGCGAAGGAAACGCGCACCCUGCGGGAUGUUCAGGCCGUGCUUAUGUCCAUGUUUCAUGCCAAGACGGUGCUGGUGGGUCACAGUCUGGAGAGCGAUUUGAAGGCAUUGAAGCUGAUACACGAUGUGGUCGUAGACACCUCUGUGCUCUUUCCCCACAAAAUGGGUCCGCCAAAGAAGCGUGCGCUGAAAACGCUGUGCAUUGAGAACCUCAAGCGCAUCAUACAAGAAAAUGAGGCUGGCCACGACAGUGCGGAGGAUGCGGAGGUUUGCAUACAGCUCAUCAAGUACUAUCUGCGCAACAAGAUCAGUUGAGCAGCGGUCACGAUUUACUGGGAUUUAGUAUAUAUAUAUAUAUACAUAUAUAUAUAUAUAUUUCAUUGCAUCAUACAUACAUUUGUAAUGUAUCCUCCACUUUAUCCCAGUCCAUACAGAAUCAAAACGUAUCCCCUAAGUGAGCCUUAAGACCGAAAAAAUAUUUAUAUACUAUACAAAAAUAUAUAUAUAUAAGUGAAUUAAUAUUGAACAAUAAAGAACAAAAGCGA